AUGGGCAAUUCAGAUGCUAAGCAAUCAGAUUCUUGGGAUGGCUGGAAUGUUGUGCUUGCUGAGAACUCAUACGGUACUGCUCAAUGGAAAGAGACAGCUGAUUCUAGUAACAAGGACUGGAAAGCAGAUGGAUGGGGUGCCAAAUCUGGUAACUGGAGCAACCAAAGAAACAAUCCUGGGAGACCCCCAAGGAGACCGGAUGAGAGGGGUCCACCUCCACCAAGACAAUUGUUUGAACUAACAAUAGAGGAGAAGAAUAUUCUUGUAGAAGUUGAACCCAUAAUAUUCUAUGUGAGAAGUUGA